CAUAAAAAUUUCCAGCGUGUGUGCGAGUGAGCCUAUGUGUGUGAAACUGUCUUCCCCCUUUUCUCUUUGUCCCUCCUCCAAAGUAAGACUCGCGCCGGAGCGCUAUCUGCAUGUAUCCCGCUGCAAACAGGAUGAACCACAACAACCUUCACUUUCUCACGUCCAUUUAACCCCAUAUUCGGUACAGCCGGCCGCGAUCCAUGCUACCCUGACACACGAUAUUGCAGUCCCAUCUCCCCGACAAUAUCCGCACUCAUUCCCCACUGAAGCAGCAUGCCCGAGACGGGAGCGGCAGCAGCAGCCGCCGCUGCAGCCGCAAGCAGCUCCACUGACACCGAGAGCGCACGGCACAGACACCGAUCGCAAGGAGAGGGGGAAAAGACAGACCCAGCUGCUGGUUCCCAGCAAACCUCCUCCGGGGUUUUGGACAAGCUGUUUGGAAAGCGUCUGCUGCAGGCUGGACGAUACAUCAUGUCCCAUAAGUCCUGGAUGAAGACAGUGCCCACGGAAAACUGUGACGUCCUCAUGACUUUUGCAGACAGCACAGAUGACCACACGUUACUAUGGCUACUGAACCACAUCCGCCUGGGUAUUCCAGAACUUAUCAUCCAGAUCCGACACCAUAAACAAACUCGAGUCUACGCUUUCUUCGUCACAGCAACCUAUGAAAACUUGUUGCGCGGUGCAGAGGAAAUGGGUCUGCGCAAAGCAGUCAAACCCGAGUUUGGGGGCGGCACUCGCAGUUUCUCCUGUGAGGAAGACUACAUCUAUGAGAACAUCGAGAGCGAGCUGUGCUUUUUCACCUCACAGGAGCGACAGAGCAUCAUCAAAUACUGGUUAGACAAUCUGCGAGCCAAACAAGGAGAGUUCCUUCACAAUAUCCACUUCCUAGAGGGACAACCAAUCAUACCAGAGCUGAGUGCCAGGGGUGUGAUUCAGCAGGUCUUCCCCCUCCAUGAACAGAGAAUCCUCAGUCAGCUGAUGAAGUCCUGGGUCCAGGCUGUGUGCGAGAAGCAGCCUCUGGAUGACAUUUGUGAUUAUUUUGGAGUGAAAAUUGCCAUGUAUUUCGCCUGGCUGGGCUUCUACACCACCUCCAUGCUGUAUCCUGCAGUGAUCGGAUUUGUGCUGUGGAUGCUCACUGAAUCAGACCAGACCAGCCGGGAUAUCUGUUGUGUGGUGUUUGCCCUCUUCAACGUGGUGUGGGCAACCCUCUUCCUGGAGAGGUGGAAACGCAGGGGGGCGGAGCUGGCCUACAAAUGGGGGACACUGGACACCCCUGCAGAGUCUUUGGAGGAGCCCCGGCCUCAGUUUCGGGGUGUGAAACGCUGCAGCCCAGUGACAGGCUGUGAGGAGUUCUACUACCCCCCCUGGAAGAGGAGGGUGUUCAGAUGGCUGGUCAGCCUGCCCAUCUGUAUCUUAUGCCUUUGCUUUGUCUUCCUGGCCAUGCUCAUUUGCUUUGAGCUACAGGAGUUUGUGAUGGGAAUCAAAGAGCUGCCCCGCGUGGCCAGGUUCAUCCCCAAAAUUAUGCUGGCCAUCACUGUGACUGCUUGUGACGAGGUGUACAGGAAGAUUGCCUGCUGGCUCAAUGAUAUGGAAAACUACAGACUCCAGAGUGCCUAUGAGAAAAAUCUCAUCAUUAAAAUGGUUCUUUUUCAGUUUGUAAAUUCUUAUCUCAGCCUUUUCUACAUUGGAUUCUACCUCAAAGACAUGGAGCGUCUAAAAGAGAUGCUGUUGGUCUUCUCACUGGCCUACAGCUUUCUGAGACAGAUCAAGGAGAAUGUGCUGCCCCUCCUCUACCUCAAGAUCCAGAUCAUGAUCAUGAAAGUCCCUCCAACCCUCCGGGCCACCUGCAGGUCCAAAAUGCUGGCCACUCUGCUCAUCAUCCGUCAGUUCCUACAGAACGUGAAAGAGGUCCUCCAGCCUUACCUGUACGAACGGCACAAGUUAGGUGAGCUGACGCUCAAGGCUGUGUGGGACAUACUUCUGUCUGCGCUGCUGAAGUACGGCCGCCUGGCUGCAGGGAAGGCCCAGCUAUCUCCCACAGAUGCAGCCAUGCCUGGCCCAGGCCUUAGAGGCACACGACCCGGGGUUGGACAGACGGAGCGGAGAGAGAAGAAAUGUCUGAACGGGGGCUGCGGGGUGCCAGAGGAAGAAGAGGAGCAGGAGGACAGCGGGAGGCACAGUGAAGAGGAGAACGAGGAGGAGAGCCUGAUCGACUGCGGCCUCAAGCUGCGGAAGGUCAGCUUCAUCGAGAAGGUGGACCGGAAGUCAGGCGCCAUUGUAAGCCAGAUGGAGGACAACUUCCUGGAGGAGGGCAGUCCAACCAUGGUGGAGAAAGGCAUGGACCCGGCGUCUGUCUUUGAGAUGUGUGACGAUGAUGACGACAAUGAAGUCCCUGAGAUGAAGGAGACUUCCGGAGAGAGCCUAGCCCCACCCCUGCCGGCCAGUCCCGAGAGCACCAUCUCUUUGCGACACCGGAAGAGGGGCCGUAGCCUGGAAAGGGAGGACAGUAAGGCCAAGAGGGAGUCCUGGAUUGAUCCCCCUGAGGAAAGUGAACCCAUUGCACUCACCCAGGCUGAGAUCGAGAGCUGCAUGCAGACAUAUACGGAUACUUUCCAGGACUACCAGGAGAUGUUCGUCCAGUUUGGCUAUGUGGUGCUCUUCUCCUCCGCCUUCCCGCUCGCGGCCAUGUGUGCCCUCAUCAACAACAUCAUUGAGAUCCGCAGCGAUGCCUUCAAGCUCUGCACAGGCCUCCAGAGGCCCUUUGGCCAGAGGGUGGAGAGCAUUGGCCAAUGGCAGACAGCGAUGGAAGCCAUGGGUCUAAUUGCCAUCAUUGUGAACUGUUACCUGAUUGGCCAGUGCGGUCAGCUGCAGCGGCUCUUCCCCUGGCUCAGCCCUGAGAUGGCCAUCAUCUCCAUCGUCAUCCUGGAGCACUUUGCCAUUCUUCUCAAAUACAUCAUCCAUGUGGCUAUCCCUGACAUCCCCAGCUGGGUGGCAGACGAGAUGGCCAAACUCGAAUACCAACGUAGAGAAGCCUUCAAGAAGCACGAGCGACAGGCCCAGCAGCACUACCAGCAGCAGCAGCGGAGGAAACGUGAGGAGGAGGAGAGACAGAGGCAAGCCGAGUACCAGGCCCGGAGGGAGCGGGAGCGGGACGAGGGCAAGCCCGACUCUGGCGGAGCGGGAGACCACCACCACGACAAGAGCCACGGAGGCAAGUCACGCUCCGGCGGCGGAGGCGGGGGUGGGGGCGACAAACCCAAAAGACCCAGCUCUCUGCUGGCCAACAAUAACGUGAUGAAGCUCAAGCAGAUAAUCCCGUUGCAGAGCAAGUUCUCCUCUGGCACUGCUCGAUCCCCCCAGUCACCCACUGGGAGUGAACCCAAGCUCCCCGGAUUUCUCAGCUUCAAGUUCCUCAAGUCGCCUGAAAACAAAAAGGAGGCUGCAGCUGCUGCUGCUGCUGCUGCUGCUGCUGCCACGGGCACUGUUGCCACAGCUGUGACCAACCAGGAAAAGUCCCAGUCACCCAGCAAAUCAUUCAACCCUGGGAAACUCUUUAACUUUGGUAAGUCUGAAGGGGGUGUCUGUAUAAAUGGAGCUCAGCAGACCAAGCCAGGGGAUGGCCCUCAGGCCCCUGACAAGCAGCCCACCAAGUCUGACCUGAACGGGGUUCCUGAGGAAAUACCCUCUCCUGGAGGAGAAGGGGGGGAGAAUGGGCACCCUGCAGACUCUGAACCCUCUGGCCCUAAGAUAUAACCCAUCAAAAACAACCACAGUAAAAUAAAAACAAAACAAAAAAAAACAACAAAAAAAAACACUGAAAAUGAGGCCAUAACUGAGGAAGGAUCUCAAGCCUCCUUUGUAAGUUUUUUGGAGCAACCUCGGCUGGGCCUGGACGCUGUCAUGAAAACGAACUGAGACACGCAUUGGCCUGCUGUGUGUGGCAACACCCAGCAGGCUUUUCAGAGAAAAUAAGACCCCCCCCACUCCCCAUCCUCCAACCCUCUCACAAUCCCCUUUCUGCAAUACAUAUAGGAAUGCAUGAGCUGCGUUUCUUAUCCUUUCAAGCCUUUUCCUAACAGGGAAGUGCAGUGUCUCUUAAUUUAUUCUAUAGUCUGACAAUUGUAAGCAUAUAUCAGUGUUUUGCCACUGAAACGCACAGCCUGAACCACAGAUCUGACGUUUCCAAAAUCAUAUCGAAAUCCUUCUUGAUCACCUCAGAAAUGAUCUCUCUCUAAUAUCUCUACCAUUGUGUUCAAUCUGCAUAGAUAAUAACUGUGAACGAUUCUAGGCCUAAUCUUUUUUAUUAUAUAAAGCAGUUGAGCUUGCUCAACAGUGUCAAUCAAUGUCUCAAAUUUGAUUAGUACUGCAAAGAAGACAAGUUCAUACCUCAUACACUUUCAUUUAAGAACUCCUGAGAAACCACAAGCUUUAUUUUAUACGCAAAAUAAUCAAAAUGCUUUGUAUAUUUCCACCCAUUCAAUUGCAAUAUAUUAUGUGAUGAGUUUUUAAUCAAAUGUAAGAAGAGCAGUUUUUUCUGGUCUGAGGGUUAUGAGGCUGAGGUGGAACUGAUGAGAUUAGGAGCACACCUGUAGCACCUCAACCUCUGUCCUGUUCUUCUCUGAGAGAGAGUACGAGUGAGUUUAGACCAGGGGAGGUGCUCUGGCUUGGAGAGUGGGUGUGUGAUUGGCUGGCUCACAGCAGUGUCGUCAGUGUAUCAGUGUUUGGCUCUCAAACACUGAUUUUGUUUUUAACUCUGAAAGUGUACCCAUCACGAUGACACAGGUGUAAACAAGUGUAGCGUAAUGACAGAGCUACAUGUUUUGCUAACAUCUAGGAGGUUGUUUUCUUGAGCUGUGUUUAAUAUUCAGAUGGGGAGGGAUGAUCACAGUAUACACCAGCUAACCACAUAGGGAAGGGCUAUAGAGUGUGCAGGUGUAAUGAAGGUAUUUGUAUGUGCCUAGGAUGGUUUGAGUUAUUCAUUUGAUAUGUGCCAUUAUUUUUAAUGUACUGUUUGCAGAGAAAGCCAGACAGCAGUGGAGUUACCAUGCAUAACCAUGCACGGCUCACAGUAGAUAAAUAGAAUAAAAAACUUUUGCACUAAACCCUGACACCCUACAAGGAGAAAGAGUAUUGUCUGCAGGGGGAAGGGAGAACACCAGCCUGCCUCAUAACAUAUGCAAACGCAGGAAAUUUAUUUUUAUUGCAACACGUCUCUUCAAUUUUGUAGACAUUAAUCCAUUCAAUUGGAUUCUCAGUUUGUGCAUCUUGGUGCUGUUCCUAUUUAUUAAUAUAAUAAGUGAUGUUUAUUUUAUGUAUUCCAAAUUAAGAUUAUUUGAAGUUAUUU